UACGAAUGACGUCAUGAUGGUUCGAAGUAUUUUGGCGGGAAACGACUGGUUCCCAGCCGACUUCAACUACAACUGCGUUGAUUACAUGGGAAGGAGUGCCCUUCAUCUUGCUGUUGACCUUGAAAACGUCGAGGUCAUUGAGAUGCUCUUGGAUAAGAUGAGGUGGUCAUGCAAACAAGAGGCACUGUUACAUGCAGUCAACAAGGGUUACACAAAGACUGUGAGAACUUUCAUCGAACAUCCUUCUUUCGUGGCUGGUGGUGCUGCUGUUGGUGGUGGCGUAGGUGGUUCUGGAGGUGGCGUAGGUGGUUCUGAAGGUAACAUGGGUGAUCGUGGUGGCAGCUUCGUUGGCGGCAGCGCCAAAAAAAGAAGAAACGAGGCCGUUAACAUCACCAUUAACAAUAUCAACAACAACGACGACGACGUGAAGGAGAGCAGUCAGUUUUCGAGCGACCUGACGCCGUUGAUGCUGGCCGCGCAGACGAACAACCACGAAAUCAUCCAAAUGUUCCUCUCCAAGGAUUUCAUCAUCGAGAAACCUCACUGGGUAUCUUGCAUGUGUGUGGAAUGCAUGAACAAUAGGGAGACUGACUCACUGAAGAGAUCGAAAUCUAGGUUGAACACGUAUAAGGCCCUGGUCAGCCCGGCUUACAUGGCCCUCUCCAGCCCCGACCCCAUCAUGACGACCUUCCAACUCAGACAGGAAAUGAAGAAGCUGGCGCAAGUCGAAAAAGAGUUCAAGAACGAGUACUUGAGCCUGGUGGAACAGUGCAUGGACUUUGCCUGUGAGCUGAUGGAUCUGUGCAGAGGCACUCAGGAGGUUGAAGCCGUCCUCAGCGAUCACGAACCGGGUUCGAAUCCAGAUCCACUAUCGAGACUCAAGAUGGCUCUCAAAUACGAUGAGAAGAAGGUGAGUCUCUGUGCGUGUGUAUGUUUGUGUGUGCGUGUGUGCGUGUAUGUGCGUGUGUUUGUAGAUGUGUGUGUGAUGUUGUAA